AAAUGAGUAGUGCAGAAACAGAGCUUCUCACCGUCGAUCCUCUUGAGCUCAAAUUCGCAUUUGAGCUGAAGAAACAGAUAUCUUGUUCCCUUCAAUUAUCAAAUAAAACUGAAAAUCAUGUCGCAUUCAAGGUUAAAACGACGAAUCCGAAAAAGUACUGUGUUCGUCCGAAUACAGGCAUUGUUUCGCCUCGAUCCACUUGUGAUGUCAUCGUAACAAUGCAAGCACAGAAGGAGGCCCCUGCUGACAUGCAAUGCAAGGACAAGUUUCUACUUCAGAGUGUCGUUGCAAGUGCUGUUACCAAUCCAAAAGACAUCACCCAAGAAAUGUUCAAUAAGGAGCCUGGACGUGUUGUAGAAGAGUGCAAAUUGAAAGUGAUUUAUCUCCCCCCUCCUCAACCACCAUCCCCCGUGGCAGAAGGAUCAGAAGAGGGUUCUUCACCGAGACAGUCCUUGACAGAGAAUGACAAUCAAAAUGGUUCUGAGCUCACAAGAACAUUUCUUGAAACUCAUGACAAAUCUACAGAGGCAAAGUCUGUUAUUUACAGAUUGACGGAGGAGAAAGCUGGUGCUCUACAUCAAAGCAACAGACUUCGUCAAGAAUUGGAAAUUAUGAGGCGCGAUAUCAGCAAAAGCCGCAGUGGUGGUGUUUCGUUCAAGUUUGUCAUCGUCAUUGGCUUGAUUGGUGUAGUUUUGGGCUACAUUCUCAAAAGUUCAUGAGCAAUCACUAUAUAUUCCAUUGAAAUGUUUGUUUCUCAACCUCAGAGAAGCAUUGAGGAGUAAAAAAAGAGAGGCUAGCCAAAUGAUUGAAACAAUAUGAUUUUGUCUUAGUUUAGCUGCACUUCCUUAGUAGGAAAAA